GCUACCAGCCUCUCGACUGUAUCCAGCGAUCGCAAACUUGUUUCUCUACCUUUCUUGUCUUAUUUUUGGAAAUCUCGGAAGUGAAUGAGUUCAGCUCUGCCCGGAUUCAAUGACGCUACCAUGUCCGUCGAUCACUUGCCAGAUGAACUUUUGUCCCUCAUCUUUGAGUAUGCAGGACUAAAUAUGCUGCAUAAUGAUGAGCCUUCAUCUGUCUGGUUUUCGUCACAAGUUUCAUUCAGGUGGAGUCACAUUAUCCAUCAUACCCCCUCUGUGUGGUGUUAUGUGCCUAUCUAUAGACGGUCGAACUUGAAUUUGCCCCAGCUUCACUUCGAAAAGUCCCGGCAUUACCCCCUCUCUAUAUACCUAAACGUAAGAGCAAGAGGUGCCAAUUUGGUGCACGCACUUCAAUGCAUGGUUGAACAGUCGGAACGCUGGUAUACGUUGAUUAUACGUGUCCCUGACGCACCGACAUUAUCCACAAUCAUAUCUCGUCUACGAAGAACGUGUGCACCUCGCUCGAAGCAUUUCGAGCUAUAUGUUGAUGCCCCUCAGCAUACGAUCGGCCAACUACCGGAAGUCUUUCAGGAUGGUUUUGCGCAAUUGACAUCCCUAACAUUACGAGGUAGAGCGUUCAAUCUUCGUUCACCUCUCCUUUCCAGACUACGCUCUCUGACUCUAUGCCACUUACCUCAACUUCAAGGACACCCUCCUCAUCACACAUUCCAAGAGCUCCUCGGUGCAUCUCCGAAGCUAGAGUAUUUAGCCCUUGACGGCGUCUUCCCGUAUCUUAGCCUCGGUAUCGAGUAUGACGAGAUCCUCGUUCCGGCCCUACAAGUGCUUGAUAUCAGGAUGCAGUGCCAGGGUUGGCGGCAAUUCAUAUCGAUCCUGAAGCUCCCGUGCUUGAAUCGCUUGACGUUCACGAGCAGCGAAACCAGCGUAUGGCGCUCAUUCGAGUCAUCAUUGUCAAUCUUGGCCGCGAAUGUGGGGCCCUUGCAAGAGCUACACCUUAAUGUCCUCUCCAGGGAACCCCCCUUCGUGGACUGGAGUUAAUCCUUUCCUCCAGACUUGAGUUGAUCAGAAUUUUUACGCUAGCUUCGCGUCUUUGCAGCUAUUUAGCUUGGAAGUGAGCGACGUCAUGGUCGCUGAAUAUUUCUUGAAGCCGUGGGCGUCCCUUGCGUUUGUUGAUGAGUAUUCUGGGUUUGCAGUGACAAACAACCCGUUCAGCAUGGUUUGGCAAGACUUGGAGCUGUUUGUCCUACGUGCACCGGGGCUCAGAGACCUGGACCAAGACAGUAAUUUCCUGCACGAGCUACACGAGCUCCUUGAGCUGCUACGCUCACUCCGCCUAUCGCUGAAUAUGUCACUGGAAACUGUAUGUCUGCCCACGACGCGUCUCUAAACGCGAUCGGUCGCGCGUGACAGUCAGUAUAUGAGCCUGUGCGUUACAUCACACCACUUCUGCCCGUCACCCAUGAUGUUUGUGGGCCUCCACACUCCUCUAUCCUAGCACAAGAAUCAACAAAAUGGCUCCGUGCCACCCAUCUCUCAUACAUUUCCCUCCGUUGUCUUCUUCCCCAGCUUGUUUCGCCGUCUGACGCUUGUACAUCUGAACAACGUAGAUUGCACAUUACGCUUCGGGUUC